AUGCACGCCACGCCGCACUCCACGCUGCCGCGCAACGCGCUGCGAGUGGUGGCGGUGGCGGCCGUGGUGCUACUGGCGUACUUCCUCGGGCCGCCCAUCUACUGGCGCCUCGCCGCCACCGACAACGGCCCCGACGCGCCCAUCCAGCCGGAAGUCGACCCUGAGGUAGAGCGUCUGAGGUCCGUGGUGGAGGGCGCGGCUGCUGCUGGGGGGGGCGCUGCUGAUGGGGGGAAGGGCGCUGCUUGGAGGGAGGGCGCUGGUGGUGCUGGGAAGGGCGGCAGUGUGGGCGGCGCAUCAGAUGGUGGUGACAGCGGUGGUGGGCAACAGGGCGCGCACGUGCACAUGGGGGCCGCGGGGACAGUGGCGGAGGGCAAUGUGGGAGGGGGGGUAACCAGCAGGGAGAGCGAAGGGGAAGGGCAUAGGCGUAGGAGUGGGGAUGGGGAUGGGAAAGGGGGGGCACAUGCAGAGAGCGAGGAGGGCGACAGGGGUGCUUUGGCCGGGGCGGAGAGCAAGGGAGCAGGCCAUGUGAGCAAUGGUGAGGGCGGGGAUGGGGAGAGCCAAGGGGGCGAGGGUGGGGCGGGUGGGGAGGAUGGGAAGGAGGAGAGUGAUGGGGGAGCAGGUGUGGAGAGUGAUGGUGCAGGGAAGGGUGGGGAGGCUGUGCAGGAAAGUGAGGAAACGGAGGGAGAUGAUAAGGGUGGUGAGGCGGAGGUGGAGCAAGGCAGAGAGGAAGGCGUGUCAGGGCACAGUGAUGGUGAGGGGGAGCAAGACCAUGAGGAGAAGGCUCCAGCAGACGAGGAGGAUGGCAGCGAUGCACGCACACAUGCACAUGCAGACGCAGGUGUUGACGGCAAUAGUGGCGGGAAUAGUGGCGGCAUGAGCAGAGGUGACCCAGGGAGCAGAGAGGAGGAGCAAGGUGGUGCAGAGGCGGAAGCACGCAGUGCAGGGAGCAGGGAUGAGAAGGAGGAGCAAGAUGCGGACUCCAUUCGAGUGAGCAACCGCAAGAUGAAGACCAGGGCAAAUAAGAAGAUGAAGAGGAGGACCACAGGCAAACGGUUGUCAAGGUCGCGAUCGCGCGCGGGGGAGGAGGAAUGA